UUUAACUCGUUCCCCUCCACUCGCUCAACUCAUUGAAACUCCUCCCGUCGGCCCAGAAUUCGGGUGUUUUCUACAAAUUUGAUGCCGGAAUCUGACGUCAUGACCUCCGGAGAGGCGGCGUCGAAGUCACCUCUGGACAAGCCGCUCGAUCAGCUCACUGAAGAAGACAUUUCUCAACUCACUCGCGAAGAUUGCCGCCUUUACCUCAAAAAGAAUGGUAUGAGAAGGCCUUCCUGGAACAAAUCACAGGCAAUUCAGCAAGUGAUAUCGCUGAAGAGGCUCCGAGAACCGUCGCCGGAUUCCCAUUCCGGUGCUAGCAAGAGGCUGUACAUUCCUCCCGUCGCUACUGCUAAUGUGGCCCGUGCCCCGCAAGUAGCUGUUGCCGAAGCAGAAAUCUCAGAUUCUGCAGAAGAAGUUGUUUGGACCAGUAGAAAUGAUGUAGAGAAGCCUAAUAUUUCUGGUCAAACCCCAGCCCCUCCAGCAGCUGCUGCCAACAAGUCAGCUCAAUCCAGGAUAAUAUCUGGUUUAACGGAUAUUCUGGUCGGACAAAUGACAAUCUUCUAUUGUGGCCAGGUGAAUGUCUAUGAUGAUGUACCCGCUGAUAAGGUACAGGCAAUCAUGCAUCUUGCUGGAAGCCCAAUCCAUGUGCCUCCUGACUGUCCAGCACAACAUUUAGUUUCCCACUUACAUCCUUCAGAUGUUGAAGCAGGUCAAGAUUCUUCUCUUGUGUUCUUGCCUAGGCAUACGGUUAAAAAAAGUGGCAACUCUCAUGUACAAAUGGAAGACAGUGGUCCAUUUUAUGAAGAUAAUCCCGUUGAGGGGUCAGGAAGUAGGAAGGCCUCAGUAAAGAGAUACCUUGAGAAGCGAAAGGACAGGUUCAAGAACAAGAGAAGGGCAGAAGUGUCUUCUUCCCCUAGUUUGGAUAUCUAUUUGAAGCCUCAAAUGCCACACCAUACCUCCAAUGAACACUCAGGUUAGUACAUUUAUUGCUCAUGCAACUCAGACAAUGCUUUAUUUAACUAUAUAUGUCAAUCCUUCUGCUGGUUCUAGUAACAUUGUGUCAUUCCCUCCCAAAGUAAUUGAUAAUUGCAAGCGUAAAUUCCCCUAGCUCAAGUCUAAGAAUGCAUUAUUGUUUGUUAUUUAAUACCAGAUUACCAGAGUAAUUA